UAUGGCCUUUAUGAAUGAUGGACCAGCUGAUCUUCAUAAGCUGUUCUUCUUUAUCCUGUUUCAUUUUUGAGUAAUCAUACUCACAGUAUUCUUAUGGAGAUGAAUCUGGCUCAAAAGAAUUGGUAUUGAACUUCCUUCUGAACGGAGAGAAAUCAUAGAAAACUCAUUUAAUGAUGACUCUUGACAUACUACGAAGAGCUUUAGAGUAUUUUGGAAGGUCUUCAAAGAGAAGUAUAUGAGUUUGAAUGAAAAUUACUGGGUCAAAAAUUGAGGGGUAGAUGCUUUUCUUUACCUCCUUCUUCAGAGAAAAGUUGCAUCUCUACUUUUCUGGAUAGGAUCAAUUUCCUUUAUACUCUCUCUGUUCUUUAACCUUGCAUCAGAUGAGACUUUGGAUAUCCAGGACCACAAAUGGAGGAAUGAUUGGUCUAUUAAAGUACUUUAUGGAAACAAAGAUUUUAUCAAAGGAGUCUGGUCGUGGGUUCAGGUUAUCCUCUGCUGUCUUAUCACUCUUUGGACACUCAACACUGUCUAUGAAUUGAAAACCCAAGCUAGAAGAGUCUACAAGAGAUAUGUAAAGCAUGACUAUGAAUGGCUAAAGUCAAGAACUAUUCACGUUAAAGGAAUUCUUAAAAACGACAUCACUGGAGCAAUGUUGGAAAAUAUGCUCAACGAUCAUCUACAAGACACUGAGAUCCCAGAUUAUCAAAAACUUACUCGACUUGAGCAAAAGAGGAAGGAACUUGAAGAUCUCAGUCAACUGCUUGGUGUCAAAGAACCUACUUUUAUGCGGCUCUGCGUUAGGAAGAAAUAUAGAACUGAGGAAUACUAUAAAUAUGAGCUUGAAGAGAUUGAAGAUCAAAUUAGAGAUGAGCUUAAAAAGCCUAUAAAAUCUUCUGGUCACGCCUACAUUGUCUUCGAUUCAUACUAUAGUAUGGCAAGGUGCCUCCAGAAAUAUAGAGAAACUCCUUGUCAGACCUGUAAGAUCAUGUGGUCAAGCUGUUUUGAUACAAUAACUAUGAGAGAUCGCUUCGAUAAUGAUCCAAGAGAUGCCUUCAUUGAGUUCAAUGACGAUGAAGAAAGCCCUUUCAGUGAGUACCAUAAAAGAGGCCAAACACUUUUGAUGAGUAGCGCUAAAGAUCCUGUUGAUAUUAUCUGGAGUAAUAUGGGGAGUUCAAGAGGGCUGACAUUCUUCAGAAGAUAUUUAUGGAACAUAAUAGGUUUCUUACUUAUCAUGUUUGUUUCAACUCCUGUUGUAGUAUUUAAGACAUUUCAGACUCUUAGUGAUAGACAUUUAGAUCUCCAGUUUAUGCAAAAGAUACCCUAUAUCGAUUUGGUCUCCUCCAUUUGGCCUCCUCUAAUUAUCCUCUGUAUUAACAUGAUGCUUAUCCUACUGAUUGAUCACUCUGCUGUAUCUGAGAAGCGUUCUGCUCAUUCUACAUUUCAAUCUUCAAUAUUUAACAAAGCUUUGGUUUACCUGCAUCUAAAUAUGGUUUUUGUCCCUUUUCUCUCUUUGCAAGGGCAGCCGAUCUUCAGGAUUCUGGAGUACCACCAAGUAAAGACAGAAUACAUUAGAGAGUUUACAAUGAUCAACAGUUCAAGCUUUUUCGUUAAUCUUAUUAUCCAGUAUGGAGUCUUUACAGCAUUAUUCUAUUUUCUGAGAUGAGGAGAACUCAUGAUGAACUACAUCUCUCCCUGGCUGGUUGAUUACAGGAGAAAAUAUAUGAAUGACUCUCAGCAAUGGAGAAGAAAGCCUGACGAUAUUUUCCAAUAUGGCUACUUCUACAGUCAGAUGAUGACAAUCUUUACUAUUUCUAUAUUGUACUCUUCAACAGCACCAAUGGUAAUAUUCAGUGGAUGUAUCUUCUUUUUCCUCAGGAAUAUUACUGAUUCAUACACAUUGUUGACAGUCCAUAGGAAAGAGAUCGAGUCUAAGCUAUCUAUCUUCCACAAGAUCUUACUGUGAAUCCUGAUGAGCCUUCUAGCUUAUCAAAUGUUCAUAUUCGGAUAUUUUUACCUGAAUGACGCAGUCUACCAAACUUGGUUUAUAGGACUUAUCCUUGUGAUGACUAUACUGGUUAUUGCCAUCAAUAUUGAGCAGAUGUUUGACCCAAUGACCCUGGUUAAAUUAGACAUUGAAGAAGAGGAAUGAGAUAAGUUCCAUAGCAAGGUCACCAAGGAAGACUUUAACUCUGAAGAUUUUGAAAAAUGGAAAGAUUCUUACACCCACCCACUUCUUAGCAACUCUGCUGGAAGUUCAGCAAGUGUUUUUAGUACUGAAAUCAAGAAAAUAAUUGAGGAUGAGAAUAAAACCUACCAAUAUGAGGACCAGUCUAAUGACCUCCAGCAAUCAAACAAGCCUGUAUCAUCCAGAGAUUUUGAACGCAAUAUAACAAAAGAAGAAAGCAAGGAAGGGCCAAGAAAUUCAAAUCUUCUUAAUUUUUAA